UUGAUUUUGGUUUGGUUCAGCUAGGGUUUAGAUGAGUCCACUUGCUAUGGUGAAGAUGGAAGAUGCUAAAUUCUGCUUGAUGGAGGUCGUUAAAGAAGAUAUGAAGCGAAGGUUAAAGAACACUAAUAUGAAGCCUCUGAGUCACUCAUCAUACUUAAGACUGCAAGUUCUGUGUCAAAUUUUUUAUGAUGCAGAUGAGAAGUUGCAUGUUUUGGAUGAAUUGUCUAUUUCUGAUUUGAAGUCAUUCAUUCCCGAGCUUUGUUCCCAGCUAUACAUUGGGGGCCUUUGCCAUGGAAAUUUGUUAGAGGACGAAGCAAUUACCCUGUCAAAUAUAUUCAAAUCGAAUUUUUCUGUACCACCACUGCCUAUCAAAUUGAGGCAUGAAGAGUACGUUAUUUGUCUUCCUCCUGGUGCUAACCUGAUUAGAGAUUCCAAUGUGAAGAAUAAGUCGGAAACGAACUCUGUGAUUGAGCUGUUUUUUUCAAGUUGAGCAAGAAGCAGGGAUUGAGUCAAUCCGAUUGAAAGCAUUGAUAGAUCUUUUCGAUGAAAUUGUGGAGGAACCACUUUUCAAUCAACUAAGGACGAAGGAGCAGCUUGGAUAUGUUGUUGAGUGUGACCCACGGGUAACAUACCGUGUAUAUGGUAUUCUCUCAAUUCCCCUCUCAAUUGAUGCUAAAGUAUUUGUUAAAAUUCUUAGAUUUAGGGUUUGGAUAAAUUAAUUUUAGGGAUUUUGAUUGUGGUUGAAAUGUUUUAGUAUUUCUCUGCACAUUGCAAAAUUUUGGUACUAUUUGAGAGUUUUGGUGUUGCAAUAAGGGGUGGUUUGGGAGUGAGGUGCUU